AUGUCAGCAUGCGCAGGAAGCUCCGGCCCAGAGCUCAGCGGUAUUCCAGGCGAUCCUCGAACUGUGAAAAGCAAGAUACUCGAAACAGGCGCGGCAAUGGUGCAGGAUUUCAAGCCAAUACAGCAAAUAUGCGCCCAUUUAAAUGCAUUCCACGUUUACGCCAACGACCCAACCCGCUGCGUCGAGGCGAAUCACUAUUGCACACAUCUCACAGAAGAUGUCCGUCAAUGUCUGAUCUACGACUCACCCAAUACUAAUGCCCGGCUCAUUGGCGUUGAGUAUAUGGUCAGCCCACGCAUCUUCAGAACACUUCCGGAAGAGGAGCGCAAGCUAUGGCACACGCACGAGUUCGAGGUCAAGAGCGGGAUGCUCAUUAUGCCUGCGCCAGUAGGCAUUGCUGCCCCAGCUUGGGAUGCGGCGGAGACGGCGGAGAUGGAGGAUAUUGUUCCCAUCUACGGUAAAACCUAUCAUAUGUGGCAAGUUGAUCGUGGUGAUGUAGUGCCAAUGGGACCGCCGCAGUUGAUGGGGAGUUUCACGUCUCCCGAGAGUGUGGAAAAGGCUCGGAAGGGAGGACUAGAAGCGCUGCUGAAGGAAAGAGACGAGAGAUUUGGUGUAGAUCAUCGACAGAAGGCGAAAAAGAGGGAGAAUAUUGCGGAGGUUGAUAAGCAUCCAGGUAUGUCGCUGAUUGUUCUCUGCAAAAAAUCGAGGCAUGUGCUUGCCGUCCACUCAAUGGAGAAGCUACUUCGAUACGCAUUGACAGUCAAACCGGGCAGGUUUGCUCGCCUUGCGCUCAAUGGCGCCGGCACAUUCUGCGCCUGCACCCUGGUCUGGGAGCACCUAGUGACCGUACAAUCCAGCGAGGGACCCUCGAUGUACCCGACAUUCAACCCACGCGGCGAUUGGCUCCUUGUUUCACGACUGCAUAGCAAUGGAAAGGGAAUCCAGGUUGGCGAUGUUGUGCGAUUCAAUCACCCAACGUUCUUGGGUGUACAUGCGGCAAAAAGAGUUAUUGGCAUGCCGGGGGAUUUUGUUUGUCGUGAUCAGCCACUCAGUACAGAAGCUGGGAAGCAACCGGAUAUGAUACAGGUCCCCGAAGGACAUGUAUUCCUCGUUGGCGAUAACCUACCCUGGUCAAGAGAUUCGAGAAACUACGGCCCCGUCCCGUUGGGCCUGAUCAAUGGAAAAAUCGUGGCUCGUGUCUGGCCACCGUCGAAGAUGGAAUGGGUCAAGAACACUAUGCAGCCGGCCGAACUGGACGACUAG